AUGAAGGUGCUCAUUACAGGCGCAUCCGGACUGCUAGGUCGAGCCGUCCACCAGCACUGUAUCGACAAGGGCUACGACUCCAAAGCGCUCGCCUUGACUCGCUCCGACCCUUCCAAACAGCUCGUAAAGCUUGACCUCACAGAUACAGCCGCUGUCGAGCUCUGCUUGCGCGAGUAUCAGCCUGAUCUCAUUGUGCACACCGCAGCCGAACGACGUCCAGAUGUCGUCGAAAAGGAUCCCGCCGCUUCCCACGCCAUCAACGUCGAUGCUCCUGCAAGCAUCGCUACGCUGGCAUCACAGCUCGAAAACGCUCCUCUGCUCGUUAACAUUUCCACUGACUACGUCUUUGACGGCUCCAAACCACCUUAUACCGUUGAUGACGCUCCGAACCCUCUUAACGCCUACGGUGUCAGCAAACUUCAAGGCGAGCGAGCUGUAGCAAGCCACGCCAAGCCAGGCUACUUUACCAACCUUCGAGUGCCCGUAUUAUACGGAAAGACCAUCACAAACGACGAAUCUGCUGUCAAUGUCCUUCUCAACGCCAUUCAGCCACCACCCGGCUCGACCGACCUCCAAAAGUGCGACGCCUAUGCAGUAAGAUAUCCCACCAAUGUUCAAGACGUCGCCAAGGCCAUCUUAAAGCUCGCAGAGGUUCAUACUGAUACGUCGAGGCCGCUCCCGCCAAUCACGCACUUUAGCGCAAAAGAGGCCAUGACUAAAUAUGACAUGUGUAUGGUCCUCAGCCGCAUCGCCAACUCGGUCGGUUUCGAAACACGCACCGACCUGCUCGACCCGGAAUACCAGGUCGAUCCCAUGGCUGCAACCGCUCGCCCUAGACAUUGCAAGCUGGAUACCUCGGUCUUGGAAGAGUACGGCGUACCUGUCGAGUACACAUCGUUCGAGGACUGGUGGCGCCCAUACCUUGCCGAGCUUCACCAGCUCGAGCUGGAGGAACAAGCACGCUUGGCGGCAGUGGCUGAAGCAAAGCGUCAAAAGGAAGAGGAAGAACGCAAGAUGCGAGAAGCCGAGCAAGAAGUUGAGCGACAACGCCAGCUGGAAGAGGAGGCGCGCAUCGCUGCAGAGCAGGCAGAAGCGCGCCAGAAAGUACAGCAAGAAGCAGAAGAGCAAGCUCGCAAGGACAAAGGAGCGGAAAAGGUAGAGAGUAGCCAGGGGGCUCAAGUGCAUGGUGAGGCCUCAAGCGAUCCCGUACCCUCUUCUACUACACCGGCAUCCUUGGAAGGAGGAGAAACUUCGAACGAUGCAGACCACCUACCGGGCUCACCUCAUCCCUCUUUCAACUCUCUCCAAGCGCGGCCCACUCCGCCCGCCACGUCCGGGCUGCCCUCGCCCACCAGCUCACGUCCUCCCUCCUCAAUCAAGAGCGGCCAUCGGCCCGACACACCUCCUCCACCGAGCACCAAAGACGCCGUUCCCUCAGCUCAGUCUGCUGUCGAGAUCCUCGCCACAGACGCCACGCCGACCGGAUCCGUCAUCAAUGACAGCCCGCUCAACCUGGCUGCUGCGCGCGAAAGGCAGCGUCUUGGCUCCAGCUUGCCGCAGCGAUCGCUGAGUGCUAGCAGCGCAGCUCGUCUGACGUCGUUGACCGACGAGAGCACCAUGUUUGGCGGUACUGCUCGCAAGUCCAGUCUGUCGGGGCCGACUUAUCUCGAUACGACGUCGCGUCAAUCCAGGUACGACUCGGAUGAUGAUGAUGGAUAUGGCCAGCCUUCGCCUCGCAACCAUCAGGUUUCAUUUGCAAGCACGGCAGAACCGGGCUCGCCGACGCCGACUGGGCGUGCUGACGUCGAUGGCAGUGCCGUGCCUGCGGGUGCAGUGACAGGCUCUGUCGCAUCACUCGCUUCAUCGAUCCCUUCACGUCCAUCUACCGAGAAUCAACGUAGCGUAUCCGCGAGCGACGCCGUGGCUUCGGCUGCCGCGUUCAGCGCUCGACCCCAACUGUAUCAUCGCCCGUCGUUCGAUCAGCUACAGGACGUACGCGAUCGCGAAGCCUACGCACGUCUACAUCGUCGCGACUUCAAUUUCAGCAUUAAAGUCGGCGACCCGCAACGCAUCGGCGACCCCAUCUCCGCCCAUACCGUCUACACAGUGCGCACCACCACCGACUGCCCGCACUUCCGCUCCUCACACUUUUCGUCCUUGCGUCGAUACCGCGAUUUCCGCUGGCUACACGCCGCACUUGUCCAGAACAACCCGGGCAUCAUCGUCCCUCCGGUACCUGAAAAGGUCUCGAUCGGUCGAUUUGCAGCCGAACUUGUCGAGGCUAGACGCGUCGGCCUCGAGACGUGUAUCAACAAAAUUGCCAAUCAUCCGCUGCUGCAGCAGGAUGACGAUUUCCGGUUGUUUUUGGAGUCGGAAAAUUUCGGCGCUGACGUCAAAGCACGGGAUAUGGUCAAGGGACCAAUCGUGACGCCGGAACAAAAAACGUACAAGAGCUGGGGUAGUGUCCUGUUGGGGAGUGUGGUUCCUUCGACGUCGUCGCUCUCGUCCGGUGCGCUGAGCGCAUACAGCUUUGAGGAGACGGACGAGUGGUUCAACGAGCAACGCGUCUACCUUGAUUCGCUCGAGUCGGCGCUCAAGGGGAUGGUCAAGAGUGUGUCUGCGCUCAGUAAUCAACGCAAGCAAAUGGUGCAGGCUACGCACGAUCUGGCGCAGGUGUUGACCACCUUGUCCGGAUCAAGUCUCUCGCGAUCGCUCAGCACGUGCUUUGCCGGCUUGGCCGAGGUAAAGCGAAGAGCGAUCGAGUUGGAGGACAUGCAGGCCGAGGCGGAUGUGAGACAACUGGGAACGACCAUGUACGAGUACGAGCGUGUAGUGGGCAGUGUUCGCAAGGCUUUUACUGUUCGGACUGAAAUCUGGGCCAAAUCAGCGCGUUGUGCCGACGAACUGCGAAGGACUAGGGCUAGAUUCGAAAAGUACAAACAGACCAACCCGUCCGCUGCAGGAGCGCAGUUCCAGAGCCUCUUGUCCGAGCUCACUGAAGCAGAGACAAAGGCGCUAAAUGCAGAACGGCUCUUCCAGACAGUGUCGGAGAGGUGUAAGGAUGAAAUGGAGAGGUUGGACUUGGAAAGGGUGUUGGAUUUCAAAAGGGUAGUGGGCGCAUGGUUGGAGGGGAUGAUUCAGAGGCAGGAAGAAGUGGUGGAGGAGUGGGUAAGGUAUGCAGGCCUUUUGGGUAGGCAGAUGGGAGUCAAGAUCUUGAUCGACGAGGAGGAGUGCGAGAAUGGAGAGCAACAGCAACAGCAACAGCAACCGGUGAUGCCGGAAUCGCUGUCGCCGGCUCCAGAGGUUGCUGAAGCGGUUCCAGCGGCGCGGGCUGUCGAGGCUGUAGCGGUUGUCGAGGUUAAUCCAGCAUCGGUGCAAGACGAGCAGACGACCGGUGCACAUUCUGCUUCGAUGCAAGCUGAGGCUGACACAGCGAGUUUGGAACCCAGCGUCGCUGAAACCAACACCAUGUCGAAUGACACGCACGGCGUUUCUGGUCAACUCACUCCUCACGCUGCUGCAGCGGCUGAUGUAGAGUCCAAUGUCAAGCGCGUCGUUGGCGCCGACGCAGGCAUUGAAGAAAACGCGUCGGACGACGUCACUGCGGCUGAACACGCGCAAAGUACCACAGCAACUGAUGAGCCUCAGGAGCACAACGCCACACCGCCCAAUGAUCCUAUCGAGACCGUAUCGACCCCACAUGCAAUCGGCGGACGUGGUGCAAACCAAGCACAAAGUGUAGAUGACUGA